ACACCCUGCAUUGCAGCUGCCAAAAUUCCAAUUCGUAAAAAUUGCAGCGGCAAAGAUGAAGCUAGCUCUUGGUCUUUUCCUUUGUGCCUUCAUAUCUCUUGGCUCCUGCCACAUCACGCUUACUUUUCCUCCAGCCCGCAGGCCCGGGUACGACUUCCUGGACAAUGUGAGGACUGGAGGUCCUUGUGGUGUACCAGAUCUAGGCAAUAAUGCUGUCGUGACUACCUUUGCCAAUGGAAGUACUAUCAACGUAUCGUUUCAUCUUGCUUAUCCUCAUCAAGGAGGCGUUCUUGUCAACAUUUUAAAUGUUAAUGGCAGUUUGAACAGAUUAAUGUUUAGCAACUGGACCCUGCUCGAUGACAGCACUAAGCAAUAUGUCACUAUACAGCUUCCAACUGACUUCACUUGCGAUCGCUGCGUCCUUCAGCUACUGAGACAAGCUGGGGAAUGGUCUGCAAAUGGCGGAUACUUCUUUUACUCUUGUGCUGAUAUUGAGAUUAAGAACGCUGCAGUUUGUGACGAUAACAGAUGCGGUGGUCAAGGUAGCUGCAACAACAAUGUAUGUACAUGCAACAACACCUAUUCAGGAGAAUUCUGCCAAUACAAAGAUGAUUGUACAUCUGAUGCUGAUUGUGGUGGCUCUUCUAAAGGUUCCUGUAUUGAUAUCCAUGUCACUAGCAGACCAAUGAAGCAAUGCUUCUGCAAUCCAGGCUGGUUUGGAGCUGGUUGUGCAACAGCUUCUCCUCUCACAGAUAUUACCAUUGAUGCUAGCAGUUAUCCACUGUAUCGUCGUCUUGGUAACAAUCUGGAAAUGUGGGCAAAAAUCCUCAACAAUUCUAACAAUCAGCCUGACAGGCUCGAAGUUGCUCUACGUGCUAAUACAACAAGCUUUGUUGCUGUUGGGUUCAGACCAUCAGGCAUUACUGCAGCAUGUAGGGCACAAUCUCCUGGAGCCUUUGCUGUUGGGACUAACUCAUUCUGGCCAAGAGGAGGGACACUGCAGUCUGUGAUUGGAAUCAGUGCUUUAUAUAACCCUGUUCUUGGUGGAGGACCAGAAGAGGAGGGGGGCAACAAUGAGGAGGGGGGCAAUAAUGAGGAGGGGGGCAAUAAUGAGGAAGGGGGCAAUAAUGAGGAAGGGGGGAACAACGAAGAAGGAGGCAAUAAUGAAGAGGAGGAGGAACCAGAAGAAGGAAGUACUGUUCCACUUCAUCCAAUGGACUGUACUGAUAUUGUGAUUGGUACUGCACGAGGGAACAGGUUCCGUGUCUUUGAUUAUUACACUCGUGAUCGCUCAACCCCUCAAAUGGAUGGGUUUUAUUCCGGGACUCAAGACAUUGUGGGAGCUGUAGGUCGUGAGAUCAAUGGGAUCACCGAAAUAAAGUUCUGGAAGAAACUCACAAGCAGUGAUACUAAUGCUGAUCACAAUAUUACUAACUCUUUCAUGCAAGUUAUCUGGUCAAUGGGUCAAGUUUUCCCCAACUACAAUCACAAUCCUAACUCUGGCAUUGAAGCAAGGACUGCUAUGAAUACCAUGUUCUAUAAACCAGAUGAAAUUAAGUACCACGGAUCUGUCAAUCGUGGAGGUGCAACAAUCAACUUCUUUGAUCCUAAGUCAUUUUCCAAUAGCUCAACUUGUGGCGGUGGCUAUUCUUACGGUUGUACCAAUGGCCCUUGUCUUUAUCGAGCCACAUGGCUAGUUAAAGGUGAACACGUUCAAUUUAAUGUCACCGGUCGUGUUUCAACUGGACGAUGGGUUGCAAUUGGAUUCUCUGAUAACAGAUUAAUGCCUCAAACUGAUAUUGCUCUUGCAGCAGUUAAUUCUGAUGGUAGAGGAGAAGUAACUGACAGAUAUGCUACUGCUCGUGCUAUGCCACCAGCUGACAACAUGAAUCAUCUCCUAGCAACUCGUGUCUCCCAUAGCAACGGACUUACGACAUUUAGUUUCAUCCGUGCUGUUUCAGCAGUUGAUACCACUCAAGAUAUUGAUCUGAGCAGUCCAAGGUUCUUUGUGUAUGCUCUUAAUGGAGCUGCUACCGUUAAUGCUAAUGGAACUAUAUCAAGCAUUGGGCCACAUCCAAGUACUCCAAUAGUAUCAGAUGAUCGCAUCACACUGGGUACUGCAGCACAGUGUCCAGGUGUUUUUGAUGAGUUGAUGACUAGUCCAACUGAUGGCAGUGCUACUAUGAUGGCAUCAGUCUUUGUCCUUAUUUUCUGCACACUACUAGCUUACCUCAUAUAAUCCCUUAACUAUUAAUGGCAGAUAGUUAACUCCAGUACUUAUAACUACUGUAACUAUAGUAUUGUAUCUUACUUGCUGAUUGGUAUUGUUGUUCCUUUUCUUUGCUAUGGUAUAUUAGAGACUAUCUCA